ACGAGUCGCAUUGCGCUAAGGAACGGUCUAGAUCGACACCCUCAACUCCCCGAUUCGAUUCCACGAGCUGAGCUGAACAUUCAUCUAUAACAUCGCGAGAUCCCUAGCAGACCCGCUGUCAGGUAUCAAUUACCAAAAACACCCCCAAGACCAUGUUGUUCGGCUUCAGUACCCUCGCUGCAAUCCUGACCGUCGGCAUUGUUCUUGCAGCACCGGCUCUGGACCAGUGGAACGAGGAGCCGCAACUCGAGGACAUCCAAUGCCGCUGCCUAACAUUCCGCGCCAACGAACAACCAACCACAUGCAAUUUCUUCGAGUCUGAAGGAUUCGGCUGGCGAUCCGCACAAAUUCUGGCAUCACAAUACGACAUCAAAGUACAGUUUGCAAGUAAGAGGACCAUCUCCAAGGUGCUGGCGAUCCCAGCUCCACUCCCAAGCGAUGUACUGCGGACCACGAGCACUGGCGAUGCGCAGUCGGCGUCGAGAGACGAAAGCGUCAGCCAGAACAAGAUCGUCUGCGGCUUUGAGAGGGAGGUUAGGCACAUGACCCACCGCCACCAGAUCGAGCCCCAUACCCACUUCAUAGGGCAAGUCAUCGCCUGGCUUGUGCUGAUGAUGGUUCUGUACGCCGCGGGCGAGUAUCUCUGGACGAGGUACACAUCCCGACGACCCAUCAAGCUGACGGGGGAGGAGAAGCCCCUCCAGGCCAGCUCGAGCAGUGUUUUGUCUGAAAAGGAAACACCCUCAGACUUCUCAUGAAGUAUCCUGCGUCUUCAACACAACAGCAAGCAACACUUGAAGCCAGCGAGCAUGGCACACCACACAGACAAGCAGUCUGUACCCUCCACGUCCGCACUCACGACGCAAAACACCACCAGCUCAUCUCACCACCCGGAAAGCCAUCACCCCGCCACGACAGCUCGAGACGAGCGUCCGCAAGCAGUCAGGCCGGGCGUCCCACCAGCGUCCCAGAUCGGCCGUGCGUCACCACGCACGCCCGUCAUCGCGGCCGUCGAUGGGGCACCAGAAACGGCGAACGCGAGAUGCCACU